GGGCACUGGUGGGUGGCACUGGUGGGCACAGGUGGGUGGCACUGGUGGGCACAGGUGGGUGGGCACAGGUGGGUGGCACUGCUGGGCACAGGUAGGUGGAACUUCUGGGCACAGGUAGGUGGCACUGCUGGGUGGCACUGGUGGGCACUGCUGGGCACAGGUGGGCGGAACUGGUGGGUGGCGCUGCUGGGCACCGAUUAUCAGGGCACUAAUCAUCAGUCCCCUGGUGAUCGGUGCUGAUCCCUGCUCUGACAACUGCCGGUUCUCGGCAGUACUUUCCUCACGCUCUGACAGCGUGAGGAAAGUGCAGCCGAGAACCGGCAAUUGCAU